AUGGUGGCGACGGAUCUGGUUUUCAAUGAGUUAUCUGCGAAAUCUUUACUAUCUUCAUCGCCUAGCAUCAUAUCAAAUUCAACAUCAAGUAUAUCCGAAACACUGCUACGGAAAACCAAAUUUGAUGAUCGAGCUACCACCAAGACAAGUUUAGCAUUGAAAUCAUACAGAAAUAAUGGUAACCAAACUUCACGAAUAUCAACAUUAAACGAACCCCAACCUAAUGGAGGAGGCGGAAGCGGAGAAGACGAUGAGAUACUUUUGAAAGAUAUUUUCCAAUGGAAUGAAUUGAAGACAAUUUCAGACACUAUUAAUUCCCCUGAAUUCAUCAAUCUGCAUGGCUCACGUCUAUUUGUCAAAUCCAAUGCAGUAUAUAUUGCCAUUAUUACAAAUCGGGGCAAUAUAGUGAUUUUUAAUUAUAGACAAGAAAUAGAUUAUAUAUUUGUGCCGACUCAAAGUACUGAUGAAAAUUGUUCAAUCUCAUGUAUUGCAUUUUCAUCUGAUUGUUCUUAUUUGGCAGCAGGACUACAAGAUGGUUCAAUUAGACUAUGGAAUUUGAAAAAAGCAACUAAGGGGAACCAUAUCCCCAAUUUACCAUUUUAUACAAUAUACCCAAUCAGUUUAAAAUCAAGGUUUGCCCAGAAUGUCCAAGGUCAUGUCAUAAAUACCAAGAUCACGUAUAUUUCAUUUGUUGGAGAAUCUAAUUAUCAAUUAAUUACUGCGGAUGAUUGUGGAUUGGUGUUUUUCCAUAACGGUAUCAAAAAAUUCAUGAAUUUGAUUUAUGUCACUACUAAACUUUUAGGUAAAAAUGAUGCAAAUUUGGAUGAUAGUAAAUUCAAAAUUCGUCGUAUGGAAAUGUUGCCUUUGGGUUCCGCACACCAAAUAACUGAUAAAAUGGGUAUAGUAGCAAUUAUGACUGAUGAUUUAUUAGUUAUUGUAUCUGCAAUUUCUUUGAAUGAUGAUACUGUACUGUAUGUCAAACAACAUUUUAAAAUAGGCAAACCCAAACAUAUCAUCCAUGAACAAGAUUUUCCUUCUUACUGCUUAAGUUGGAUGCCCUCGAUACAAACCAAAACUGGAGUCACCAAUAUUCGCUUGGCCUAUUGUUGGAAUAAUAUAUUGACAAUUUUAGAAUUGGACAACAAGAGUGUUUCGGGAAGAAUACUAGAUUUUAUAAACAAUGCUAAAGAUAAAAAUAAAGUAAUAUCAAAAUUACCUUUUAAAAAAAUUGCUAGAUUGACUGAUGAGAGAAUAAUACGUGACAUUAAAUGGCUUCAAUCUGAUAUUUUAUGUGUAUUUUUGGAUAAUGAAAUGAUCACCAUUUAUAGUAAUGGCACAAUGUUGGUACCUGCUGCAAGUCAGACAAUUGGUAAUAUCUCCGACAUAAAUUUAUCUAAACAUAGAGUUAUAUAUACUGAUGAGUCAAAACUAUUUAUUGGUAAACUGUUAGGAUGGGCAGACAUUCUAUUAAACAAGCUAUCACAAGGGUUAUAUGCAGAAGCAUUGAGCAUUGCCGAUAAUUAUUACAACUCGAAUUCUGUGGGGAAACUAACAGUUGUUGGAUUGCCGCAAAAUCAAAAGCAGCGAGGUGAUUUGAUUGAACCUUAUCUUAUUAAAAUAAUGAGAGAGGCAAUGCCGCAUUUGAUACAAUCAGAUCAUGAAUCGUAUAUCACAUUAUGUUUGAAUAUUAUUGCGUACCUAGCUGUACCAAAUGAUUUACUUGAAGCCUUAUAUGAAAUUGUACAGGAUAAUUCUAUAUUUUUCCAAGCUUUGGAACCUUUUAUUUUAUCAGGGUUGAUACUUUCCUUGCCACCGGUUGUCUUGAAAGCAUUAAUUCAGUAUUAUGUCAAAGCAGAGAAUCAACAAUCUACAAAUAUGGACGAUGAUGGUGAGUUGUUGACAGAGAUUAUAUGUACAUUGGAUAUAAAACUGUUGGACAUUGAUUUAACUAUUCAAUUAUGUAAACAAUACAACCUUCGAGAAUGUUUGGUUUAUGUCUGGAAUUUUGUUUUGAAUGAUUAUCAAACACCAUUGGUUGAUUUUUUUGUUGAUAUAAAGAAAAAUCCUUCUUCACCAGACAAUUUUAAAGUUUACACAUAUUUAUCCUAUAUUUUAACUGGACGUCAAUACCCAAUAGAUAAAUUCAUUAAUAAUGAUAUGGUGGCAAAGAAAACUAUUUGUGAUAUAUUAUUUUCAAGUUCAACAAUUAGUUCUGUGCCAACGGAGAAUGGCAACACAAUUUUUCCUUAUUUAUACACUUUACUUAAAUUUGACUCUUUGGAAAUGUUAUCUUGUCUUAAUGAAUUUUUUGAAGAUCUGUUUUUGAAUGAAGAUCCAAAAUUAAAUCGACAAUAUUUGAUAGAAGCAUUAAUAGAUAUUUUCGAAGCUAAUGAUGAACAAUUUACAGAUUUUGACAAGUGUCAAUUACUGAUUUUCAUUGCUAGAAACUAUCCCAAAUAUAGUCAAUUUUUACGAUUAUCAGAUUCAAUAUUAUCAGAUGUUUUCAAUCGAUUAUGUGAAAAUAAGUCGGAAUCUAUUUUCCUGGAUUGUGAAUUGGCAUUACAGAGUUUAUUACCUUAUUUUGAACCAGAAGAUGAAUAUUAUGUGGAAAAAUUGGAAAUGGCAAAAUAUUAUAAUGUGUUGAUUAAUAUGUAUAAGUCAGAAGGAAUGUUUUCACAAGCUUUAAAGAUGUGGUUGAAACGAGAACACGAGAAUGCUUCUGAAGAUACUCUUGAUAAUGAAACACCAGAAAUGGACAUAGAUGGUGGUAGUGAUGAUCAUGAUCAUGAUCAUGUCGAUCAGUUAUAUUUGCUAUUGGAGAGUUCGUUUGCAUCUAGUAAGAAUCCUAGUGAUCGAUUAAACUUGGUUAAAAUAGUGAAAGAUAAUUUUGGCAAAUUUUUGAAAUUGAAUUAUGUUUCAGACUACAAUAUUUCUAGAUUUGUGAAUUUAAUUGAACAAUUUUCACCGAAUUUACAUUUGGAAGUUUUAAAGCUUACUAGUAGUAGUGAUAAAACUGAUGUUGAUAAUGAGAUUGUGUUAAGCUAUUUACGUGAAGUGUUUCUAAUUUCCAAAUCUAUUGAUUUAACUCAAUUUAUUAAUAGAUACGUUGAAUUGUUAUUGCUCUACAAGAAGGACAAAGAAGUGAUAAGUUUUGUCAAACAAUGGAAAGAUAAAGUUGACUAUGAUGUGGUGAUGCUGUUAUUUAAGAAUCAUAAUGCCAUUGAACCACAAGUGAUACUUUUGAUUGAUCACAAAAAGUCCUCCGUAGCGUUGGAACUUAUAUUGAAAUAUGUUGAAGAUAAUGUCAAUGAUACAAGUCUACAAGAGGAAUUUACCAAUCUUCUUGAUUUAGCAAUUGCAAUUUGUGAGAACCCCAAAAAUCAUGUCACUAGCGAGGUUAGAGCAGAUGAAUUGAAAUUAAACGAGAAAUUAUGGGUUGAAUUGAUUACUAGGUUGGUUGUUCUUGUUAAUUCGUCUAAUAUUGUUGCUGGUUCACAAAUUUAUCAAUUUUUCAAUCAAUUUAUACAUGAUUGCUUUAAAAGAAUUAGCGAUCAUAAAUUGAAUAACGAUUCUAAAUCAUUAUUUUUAAAUGUGUUCAAUAAAUUUUUGCAUCAAUUUCCUGAAGAUGACCCCACAAAAUUUGCCACACUUGCUAAUAUCAAAGAUGUAUUACAACAAGUGUUUAUUUCAUAUUCCUAUGAAAGUGAAAUCUUGAAAAUAACUAUGCGAAUGUUUAAUCGAGAUAUGUAUAAAAACAUGAUGUUAUUGCAAGAUAUCAAACUAGCAAAAUGGGAUAUAACAACCAAGAAUUGUGCCAAUUGUGGGAAACCAAUGUGGGGUAAACACAUUGAUACUGAAGAUUUGAAUCAGCAUUGGUUAGCUUGGGAGAAUUGCCAAAAACAAAAACUCUGGGGCAAUGGUAAAGAUGAUACUUUCGCUGAUUUAAAGUUGAUAUUCUUUUCAUGUGGACAUGGUUAUCAUUAUAAUUGUCUUGAAAGAUUGGGAGUUAAUGAUUAUUGUGUCAUUUGUGGGAAGAAGUAA